GUGAGAGCAGGCAGCUGCCUACUCUGGCAUGAGAGAGCAAACCAGGCCCGGCCCGAGGCGUGUGGGUGGGGGCAGCUGCCUGCCCGAGGCCAGGGAGCACGCAGCGGCCUGGGCCCACUGCGCGCCCGACUGCCAGGGCCUGCGGUGACCACCGGCAUGAGCCCCGCCAGCCGGGGGCAGGAGGAUGGAGGUGGGCACGGAGGUCAACCUGAAGGGGAAAUAAAACCUUUGUCUAGUCCCAUACCGGGGGUGCAAAAGCGGGGUGACGUUAGAGACGGCAGGACGCACGUUCUGCGGGAGCAGAAAUGCAGUGGUGGGGGCACGGAGCCGCAGGGCGCCCAGGAAGUUGUCGUUGGCCUGCUGUGCGGUUCCCUGGAUGGGGAAUGGAGAAGACGUUGUUUUUGUUAGUAUCUUAAAACAGUGAUUUGUGUAAAAUUCGUGGGUACGUCUGUAGUGUUAGGGGCCACGUGACUGCUUCGUGUGUUAGCAGGUCUUUGCUGCUGAGCUACGCUCUUGGUCGCCUCUGGGUAAGUCAGGGUCUGUAGGUAAUUGCUAUAACUUUAUUAUCUUUGUUUUGUAUCCCAGGAUGAUCCAGAAGACAGAGAGUAGGUUGCUUUUAAAAUACUACAUUUCAAGUUGUAUCCUAUGAAUACAUGCCAUGGAACAGAAACUCGUGUUUCCUCCAUCUCUCCAAGAUGUUUCUUAGCAAAUGCACUGAAUAGUGUAAUUGAACAAGGUCAGACUCAAAGAAGAUACAUACUCCUUUAUGGAGGUUUGCCGAUGUAUGUAUCAUCUGUAUAUUUUGGAGAAGAAAGCAUACGUGAGCAGAGGUUAACCCUUCUAGCAGUGUUCCACAUACUAAAUUGUGAUGCCGAGGAAAACAAAAUCAGGUAGUGAGUCUGUCUGAAUCCCUGCACAAUUCAGAAUGUCAUUUGUGCCAUACUUUGACAAUUUUGAACAACAUAGGAGAAGUAGCAAAAGUGUAAUCUUUAAACAAAGGAGUCAGUAGGUCUGGAUAAUAUAAACAGAAAAAGAGUUGUAUGUAUUGAUAAUAAACACCAAAUCCUAAGGUGAGUGUUUGUCCUGAAACUUUAUAAUGAAGGUUUUGCCAUUGACUUCAGUAAGCAAAUAGUCAUUAUAGUGCAGAUAAUAAACAGAAAAUACAGCUCUUGUCUCAUGAGAUCUGGAGUCAGGUUCAACUCAUCAGCUCCUAGUGCUGCAGCAACUGGUUUUGGUGAUCAAGAGGUGCCACUUCUCUCCUUAAAAACUAAGGCACUGAAGAGGAGGUAUGGGGCAGCACAGUCCUGCAAGAGUUACUGCCUCUCGAGUGGGAAAUGAAAUGUACUCCUGCCCGAUUUUAGCAAUUACCAGACUCACGCUACUGUCUCCCAGAGUAAUCCUACUGCAGCUAACAGAUCAUUCACAUUAUUGUCCUAAAUUCCACCGGAGUUUCAGCUGAAGUUUUAUUCAGAUGUUUAAGCUAAGUGUGUGCAGGAAGCUGGUGGGAUUCCCUCUGGGUGCACCGGGGGCCGUGGGAAGGGGCUCACCGAUGCCACCAGCCGGGGCACGACGAGAGCUCUCGCCGGGAUUACGGCAGAGUGGCCCCGCCGCUCCGCGCCCGGGGCAGGGCGGCGCAUCACUCCCGCCUUCCAGGAAACCGAAAUAGAAACCUUGGCCGGAGCCGCCCCGGUCCGGGCGGCGCUACCUGCGCCCUCCCCGCCCCGGGGAGUUUCCCGCGGGACCCGGCCUGAGCGGCCCCGGCGCUGGCUGCGUGCGGACGGGCGGCGCGGCCUCUCCCGGCGCCCCGCGGACUGCUACAGAACGCUGUGAAAUUAUCAUUGGUGGUAAAUACGGGUUCAAGAAACAUGACCACUUUAGGGAUUAUAUUGAGAAGUUUUUGAUGGUUUUGUGUGAUGUAACCAGGAUAAAUACAAGGAGUGGUUUUGCAAAGUGGACAGUAAUGGAGUAUAUGAGCACGGGUAGUGAUAGCAAAGAGGAGAUUGACUUGUUGCUAACUAAUUUAAAUAUGUCUGAGGUGAUAGACAUCAUGGAAAACCUUUAUCCAGGUGGAGACCUUGCCGUCUAUGAAGACAGCUUAAUUACAAUGUGUGAAGAGGCAAAUCAAAAUGAAGAACGUGCGGAAUCUUUACUGUUUUGUGAAAGGGAGGUUUCUUUGAUGUCCUCCGUCAAAUACGGGACUGUGGAAGACCUGCUUGCUUUUGCAAAUCAGGUGUCUAACACUGCAAAACAAUUUAAAGGAUGCAGACAGCAAGAAUCUGGAAUCCUCUUGAAUAUGAUCACACCCAAGAAUGGGCGCUAUCAAAUUGACUCAGAUGUGCUCCUGUUUCCAUGGAAGCUGACUUACAGGAACAUUGGCUCUGAUUUUAUUCCUCGGGGAGCUUUUGGGAAGGUGUACUUAGCCCAAGAUAGAGAAACCAAGAAACGAAUGGCGUGCAAACUGGUUCCAGUGGAACAGUUCAAACCAUCAGAUGUUGAAAUACAGGCAUGUUUCCGUCAUGAAAACAUUGCUGAAUUAUAUGGUGCUAUUCUGUGGGAUGAGACGAUCCAUCUCUUUAUGGAAGCUGGAGAGGGAGGAUCUGUCAUGGAAAAGCUGGAGAGUUGUGGUCCUAUGAGAGAAUUUGAAAUCAUUUGGGUGACAAAGCAUAUUCUGAAAGGACUUGACUUUCUCCACUCCAAGAGGAUUAUUCACCACGAUAUCAAACCAAGCAACAUUGUCUUUAUGUCAACUAAGGCUGUUUUGGUGGAUUUUGGCCUAAGCGUGCAAAUGACUGAAGACAUUUACUAUCCCAAAGACCUUAGAGGAACAGAGAUUUACAUGAGCCCUGAAGUUAUCCUCUGCAGAGGCCACACAACUAAAGCAGACAUCUACAGCAUGGGAGCUACUAUUAUUCAUAUGCAAACCGGCAUCCCACCCUGGGUGAACAGAUAUCCUCGCUCUGCAUACCCAUCCUACCUCUAUAUUAUACACAAGCAAGCUCCCCCUUUAGAGGACAUUGCUAAAGACUGCAGUGCUUCCAUGAGACUGUUGCUAGAAGCAGCUCUAGAAAGGAAUCCUAAUCAUAGGCUGUCUGCAGCAGACUUACUCAAACACGAAGCCUUACACCCACCCCCAGAAGAGCAACCGCGGUGCCAGAGUCUGGACUCAGCAUUGUUUGAAAGGAAAAGACUACUCGCAAGGAAGGAGCUGCAGUUGCCAGAAAACAUUACAGAUUCUUCAUUGUGUACCGGGAGCAUGGAAGAGUCGGACCUGCUAAAGAGGCAAAGAUCACUCUACAUAGAUCUUGGAGCUCUAGCUGGUUACUUCAAUAUUGUUAGGGGACCACCAGCCUUAGAAUACGACUGAGUAACGUUGUAUGUUGGCAGGUCAGAACUGGACCUCUACCUCUUAAAACUUGAUUUUAAGACUUGAUUUUUUUGAAUUUGUACAUAAAAA